AGUUGCUAUUGAUAUUUUUCACAGAGUAUGCUGAAUUUCUACACUGCAAAGGGAGGAAAUUUACUGAUUUUGAUGAAGUUCGUCAGGAAAUUGAAGUAGAAACAGAUAGAGUAACAGGAGUGAACAAAGGCAUUUCUUCAGUUCCUAUAAACUUAAGAAUAUAUUCUCCACAUGUAUUAAGCCUGACCCUUAUUGAUUUGCCGGGAAUCACUAAAGUGCCAGUAGGGGAUCAGCCUCCAGAUAUCGAGCAGCAGAUCAGAGACAUGAUAAUGCAGUUCAUCUCUCGUGAAAACUGUCUGAUACUGGCUGUGACUCCAGCUAACACUGAUCUGGCCAACUCAGAUGCACUGAAGUUAGCUAAGGAAGUGGACCCUCAAGGCCUUAGGACCAUCGGUGUGAUCACAAAAUUGGAUCUGAUGGAUGAUGGAACAGAUGCAAGAGAAAUUCUGGAAAACAAACUACUUCCUCUUCGUAGAGGUUAUAUUGGUGUUGUAAACAGAAGCCAGAAAGACAUUGAUGGGAAGAAGGACAUUAAGGCAGCUCUUCUAGCAGAAAGGAAAUUCUUUCUUUCCCACCCUGCAUAUAGGCACAUGGCAGAUCGGAUGGGAACACCCUAUCUCCAAAAAGUUCUAAACCAGCAACUUACCAAUCAUAUUCGGGAUACCCUGCCAGCCUUCAGAAGCAAACUUCAGAAUCAGCUGCUUUCUAUAGAACAUGAAGUAGAGGUAUACAAAAACUUCAGACCAGAAGAUCCAACCAGAAAAACGAAAGCCCUGUUGCAGAUGGUACAACAGUUUUCAGUGGACUUUGAAAAAAGAAUCGAAGGAUCAGGAGAUCAGGUUGAUACAUUAGAACUUUCAGGAGGUGCCAAAAUCAAUCGUAUUUUCCAUGAACGUUUUCCUUUUGAGCUAGUAAAGAUGGAAUUCAAUGAGAAGGAACUGCGGAGAGAAAUAAGUUAUGCCAUCAAGAACAUACAUGGUAUCAGAACAGGUUUGUUCACUCCAGAUAUGGCGUUUGAAGCCAUUGUUAAAAAACAGAUAGUCAAGCUGAAAGGACCUUGCUUAAAAAGUGUGGAUCUGGUCAUGCAAGAGCUAAUCAACACUGUCAAAAAGUGCACUAAAAAGUUGGCAACAUACCCAAGAUUGUGUGAGGAAACAGAAAGAAUUGUUGCUGGCUACAUUCGUGAAAGAGAAGAGAAGACCAAGGAUCAGGUGCUACUGCUGAUUGAUAUUCAGGUUUCUUACAUCAAUACCAACCACGAAGACUUCAUUGGCUUCGCAAAUGCCCAACAAAGAAGCAGUCAGGUUAACAAAAGUGCAGUGGGAAAUCAGGGAACCAAUCUACCGCCUUCAAGGCAAAUUGUCAUCCGGAAAGGCUGGCUGACCAUCAACAAUAUUGGCAUCAUGAAAGGAGGAUCCAAGGAAUACUGGUUCGUUCUAACUGCAGAAAGCUUGUCCUGGUAUAAAGAUGAUGAGGAAAAAGAGAAGAAGUAUAUGCUUCCUUUGGACAACUUAAAAGUGCGAGAUGUUGAAAAGAGCUUCAUGUCUAGCAAACAUAUCUUUGCAUUGUUUAACACUGAGCAGAGGAAUGUUUACAAGGAUUACCGUUUCCUUGAGCUAGCCUGUGACUCCCAAGAGGAGGUGGAUAGCUGGAAGGCAUCUCUGCUGCGAGCCGGUGUCUAUCCUGAUAAAUCCUCAGGGAACAACAGAACUGAAAAUGAUGAGAAUGGCCAAGCGGACAAUUUUUCAAUGGACCCCCAGCUGGAGAGACAGGUGGAGACAAUUCGAAAUCUUGUGGACUCCUACAUGUCAAUUAUCAACAAAUGUAUCCGAGACUUGAUACCGAAAACAAUUAUGCAUCUUAUGAUCAAUAAUGUAAAAGAAUUUAUCAACGCAGAGCUCCUGGCUCACUUGUACUCUUCUGAGGACCAAAACACUCUAAUGGAGGAGUCGGCUGAACAGGUGCAGAGGCGAGAUGAAAUGCUCCGCAUGUACCAAGCACUAAAGGAAGCCUUAGCAAUCAUUGGUGAUAUUAGCACUAGCACUGUCUCAACCCCUGCACCCCCUCCUGUAGAUGACUCUUGGCUUCAGCAGGCCCGCAGAUCACCUCCUCCAAGUCCCUCAAUUCAGAGGAGGCCUACAUUAAACAACCCCCCAACCAGACCUUUAUCUGGCCGAGGACCUGCUCCUGCAAUCCCAUCUCCAGGCCCUCAAUCAGGGGCUCCCCCAGUCCCGUUCCGACCAGGACCAUUGCCCCAGUUUCCAAGUGGUGGUGAAGCUCAUGGAGGACCUCCCCAGGUUCCCUCUCGGCCAACCCGGGCUCCUCCCAGCGUCCCAAG